CAGGGAGCCAGGUGUGCCGGCCCCCGCUGCUGCACGGCUCGCUGCCCUGGCUGGACGGGAGCAAGGCGCUGAGCAGCCACCACAGCGCUUCCCCCUGGAACCUCAGCCCUUUCUCCAAGACCUCCAUCCAUCACAGCUCACCGGGACCCCUUUCCGUCUACCCACCCGCCUCCUCUUCCACUUUAUCCGCCGGUCACUCCAGCCCGCACCUUUUCACCUUCCCACCGACCCCUCCUAAAGAUGUAUCCCCGGAUCCGUCCAUCUCCACUCCCGGCUCCACCGGCUCCACCCGGCAGGACGAGAAGGAAUGCAUCAAAUACCAGGUCUCCCUGGCCGAUACCAUGAAGCUGGAGUCCUCUCACUCUCGGAGCAGCAUGGCCUCUUUAGGGGGAGCCACCUCCUCCGCUCAUCACCCCAUCACUACCUACCCACCGUAUGUCCCAGAAUAUGGCUCUGGACUUUUUCCCCCCAGUAGCCUCUUAGGAGGAUCGCCUACCGGGUUCGGGUGUAAAUCGCGACCGAAAGCACGGUCAAGCACAGAAGGCAGGGAGUGUGUAAAUUGUGGGGCUACCUCAACCCCUCUGUGGAGAAGAGACGGCACUGGGCACUAUUUGUGUAACGCCUGUGGACUCUAUCACAAAAUGAACGGGCAGAACCGGCCCCUGAUCAAACCCAAGAGAAGGCUGUCUGCAGCCAGGAGGGCGGGCACAUCCUGCGCGAACUGUCAGACCACCACUACCACCCUGUGGAGGAGAAAUGCCAACGGCGAUCCCGUCUGUAACGCCUGCGGGCUCUACUACAAGCUACACAAUAUUAACAGACCCCUGACUAUGAAGAAAGAAGGAAUUCAGACCAGAAACCGAAAAAUGUCUAGCAAAUCCAAAAAGUGCAAAAAAGUCCAUGACAACCUUGAAGACUUUCCCAAGAGCAGCUCCUUUAACCCCGCCGCCCUCUCCAGACACAUGUCCUCCAUCAGCCACAUUUCACCUUUCAGUCACUCCAGUCACAUGCUGACUACACCAACACCGAUGCAUCCUCCAUCCAGCCUCUCCUUCGGACCUCACCAUCCUUCCAGUAUGGUCACUGCCAUGGGUUAGCAAGAGACUCCCCUGCUGAAUGCUUACGGUCUCAAAAUGAGAUUUACUUUAUAUACUUGCAUUUUUGCAGGCGUGUGGUUAUGGGUCUGACAUCCCGAAACAAAUGGGAGGGGGAAAAAAGAAUUAAAAAAAAAAUGUUAUUUGAAGGCGUAAGAGAGAAAAAACAAAAACCCAGAAAAAAAACUACAAAAAGCACAAAAA